GAGGCAAGAUGAAGAUGACUAGAGGGAAAGGAUCUCGACAUCUCGUCACGGAGGAGACCAGAGAAGCGAAGCCUAAGGCUGGCACUUCCCUUUCCCGAGCCGCCGUCAGUGUAAGUUCCCACCUCUCGAGCCGCCGUCACUUCCCUUUCCCGAGCAGCUCAAUCGACCAAAGCAUGCCCAGUCUCCGACGCCACCCACCGCGAUCCUCGCUGCCUCAGCGCCAUCAUCUCCGGCCUCGCCCUCGACGGUCGCCCGCUGGAAGCUCUUCGCCUCUUCAAAUAGUUCCAGACCUCCGCCCUCGACCCCGACGAGUUCACCCUUUCCAAUGCGCUCUCGCUCUCCGCCAAUCUCAGCGCGCUGGACCAGGGAAGGCAGAUCCAAGCUCUCGUCUUCAAGAAGAAUCUACCCAUGGACGUCGCCGCCACCAACUCGCUCAUCAAUCUCUACUUCAAGUGCGGCAGCAUCGCCGACGCGGAGAAGGUGUUCGACGGCAAGUCUCCAUAGAAGAAGGAGAAGGUAAAGCGCAAGAGCUCGGUGUCAUGUUUAUCAAAACAAGCGCAAAAGCUGGCUUCAAUAUAAAGGCUCUCUUUCGAAAGAUUGUGGCUGCCUUGCCCGGGAUGGAAACCUUUCUCCUCCAUGUUGCUUAGAUUUAUGAGGAAAGUGAAAGUGAGGAUGAUGGUCUUGAUAUGGGUGAUGAUGAUGAUGUUGAGGAACUUGAAAAUGAAUCAGAGGCUGUUAGGAAAGAACCAACCAUUGAGAAACUUGCUCCUGUUUCAGCAUCAUUUGUUGUUUGCCUAUUGAAAAUUAAUGUCUUGGACGGAAUGCUUUCUUGCAUUUCUGUGUUCGGAGUUGCUAUGAAGAAGGUUUGUUGAUAAGUCUGUGCAUAUGUUUGAUCAACGUAACCUAACUUCUGGUGGUGUUGGUGCACCAAUACACAAACUUGAUGGUCACAAGGCUGCUGUUCUCUAUGCUCAG